UACUGAGUACCUGCCACCCCCUCCCCGCCAUCACAUUUUCUCAGCCUCAGCCUCACCUCAAUUGUUUCCUCAUCUUUCUUACCAUCAAUUCACCUUACUAACUAACUACCUUCUCUACCACCCCCUGGUCACAUAAUACUCACCUCACCACUUUGCUUGUCCACAGUCAACUCAGUUCCUUGACAGCUCCUGGGGAGAGAUCGACGCCGACGCUUUGGCAGCCAUUGUUUUGUUUGCUUCCAAUUGCAACAGCUGGUAAACAAACCACAAAUCCCCGCCAGCUCUAGUCGCAAUCCUCCGACCCUCGUAUACCAUUCCCGGAGCUAUACUUGAAGAGAACCCCUUUCGAAGCUUAUAGCAGUCGCAUUGUUUCGUCAUGUCGUUGCGCCCAGACGACAGGAAGCAUCGGUCGCGGUCAAAGUCCCCCGGUCGCGGACGCGAGCGUUCCCGCAGCCAUUCACGAGCUCCCUCCCCAGGGCCUCAAUAUUACUCGGCAGCGCCAGCUGAGCGUGAGCGUGAGCGUGAGCAUGAGGGAUCUACCCCGCAGUUCGACUACAAUUAUGAAGUUAGGCAGCCGGGUCAACAAUUUCCUCCACCUCCAGGUAGUGAACCCAUCACCAUGGGCAAUUACAGCGACCUGCCCCCCGAGCAGCGUCCCGGCUACAUGCAACAGGCCCAGGCCGCUGCACAAUACCAGUAUUCGAACGCCGGUCCUCCUGCCCCAGGCAACGUAUCGUACAACACCAAUCCGAACAUUCAGUACACGCAGACCAACGGACAGUACGGCUUUACUGCAGCUCCUGCGAACCAGAGCGGGUCUUUUCAGUAUGCGCCGCAACCAGACAAAAUCACAUACACGGCGAAGCCCGUCAAUGCUGGGCAACAGCAAGCGCAACCUGCGUUGAGGUAUACAGCACAACCCGCCAAACCCUCUUCUCCAUAUCCCCAGCAGUCACAGCAACCGCAGUACACUGCGAUGCCACAAGCCGCACCCCCCCAAUCCUCAUCAAAGCAGCAGAACCCACCACCGCAACACCAAUACCCGCCCCCACCCCCGAUGGGUCCCAAAUCUCCACGACCCGAGGACCACCAUCGAUCACAUUCAAGAUCAGUGAGUUCGUAUGACGGGCGCAAGGUCGUUGAGAUGGUACCACAAGGAGCAGGCAAGCUCAAUGCGCCACCGUCGCCGGGUCUGCGCCCACACAGCCUGUCCGUAUCUGGAGGCCGCCCAGAUGGGCUCAAUCAACGCAUGGACAGACUUUCCGUUAGCGGUAACCGUCCAGAUAUACAGACUAUUGUACCUGGGGGGAUGCCAGGCGGGUUUCCUGGCGGAGGCGGUGGCGGCCUCCCUCCGCCGAGCCCUCUGCUCGAAGCCUACCACGGAACAUACCAGUCCUUAUCACCCAUGCCUCAUGCAAUGAUGUUGGACGACGACAUUGACGAUUUGGCACUCGACCCCCGAUCGUCCAGUGCGUCUGUUCAAGGAAAAGGAGGCCGUCACCGCUCUCAUUCUUCGGUUUCGGGCCGCCCGUCUGAUAGCCCACCGCGUUCCAAGCACCGCGAUAAGCUUGCCCUCGCUGCUUAUGGCGAUAUAGCUCGAGACCGCGAAGACGACCGCCAUCGCGACCGAAGCCGCAACCCUCGAGACCGCGAACGUGAGCGAGAGAAGGAGAAGAGGGUCAAGAUCUAUGACGCCCGUGACGAUGCGCUUGAUAUUGUCGAAGCGCUGGCAGCACGACCCAUAAACGCGGAUCCCCUAAUUGACAUCCUCCCCGCUCUGACACACGACCAGAUGCUCGAGCUGCGCAACGAGUACAAGCGACACUGCAAGGUCCAAGGACGAGGCAUCAAUAUCGCAAAGCACAUCAAGCUGAAGACGACUGGUAACUUUGGGAAAGUUGCCUACGUGACUGCAUUAGGCCGGUACGAAAGUGAGGGAUACUGGGCGAACUACUGGUACCAGAGCGGCAAUGCUAAAAGGGAGUUACUGAUCGAGGCACUCAUGGGACGACAGAACCACGAGAUCCGGGAGAUCAAAGAUGCCUUCCGUGACAAGCGAUACGGAGAUUCGCUGACGCGGUGCAUGGACAAGGAAUUGAAAGCGGACAAAUUCAGAAAAGCGGUACUCAUGGCAUUGGAAGGCGAACGACAGGAAGAAAGCGAGAUCUGGGACGUUGAGUACAGAAACAGGGAUGUAGACACCUUGUACAAAGCGAUACAAGCACGAGAGGGUGGCGAGAGUGCUAUGCUCAACAUCGUCAUCCUCCGCUCGGACGCACACCUCCGGGAAGUCUUGCGAACAUACGAGAGAAAGUACCGGGGCAACUUCGCAAGAGACGCGCUGAGAAAGAGUAACAACCUAGUCGGCGAAGUCGUGGCGCACAUCCUCAACGGCGUCAUCAACCGGCCAGCACGAGACUCGAUGCUGCUCCACCAUGCCCUCAUGGACCUCAUUGAAACCCCUAGCUCCUCGAACCCAUCCAAGAGCUCGACAUCCGCCAAGCACGACCGCCAGCAACGCCACGAACUUCUCAUCUCGCGCCUCGUGCGCCUACACUGGGAUCGUUUGCACCUCAUGCGCGUCAAGAGGGAGUACGAGGAGAAAUACGGUACGCUUGUCGAAGAAGACCUCGGCGAGGCGACGAGGGGUGACUUCAGGGAGUUUUGCCUGAGUUUGUGCCAGACCGAGAGAUGAGAAUAUAUACAACAAGGAUGGCCAUCUUAAACAACGAUGAAGCAACAAAAUUCAAAUGAUACACGGUAGUUGCAAGGAGGAAGAAUAUAUCUGGUCGUGUGAAACGCAGCGAUUUUUAUAACCUUUUCGCAUUUCGGCAUUAUAUUCGGCAUGCUUAAAUACCCCGUACCUUUGUGGGAAUGGAUUUUUUCCUCAUCUACAUAGCUCUUUUGGGGCACUUGUUCGUAGCAAUGCAUAGGUAUCAAAUCAACAGGUGAUUUCUCGAGCAGUAAGAAGCAGCUACAAGGAGUGGAAAAGUCUAUGCAACGGGUAUCUUCCAGCUGAAAUAAAUUGGC